CAUGGAGACAAGGGAGCAGGAAGCACACCCGACGGCCAAGGACUGGGCAGCCCUGAAAGAGCUCCACUCAAACCAAGGCUACAAAGACGGCAUCCACCACGGCCGCACCUCCUCCGCCCAACCCGGCUUCGACGCCGGCUACUCCACUGCCUCCCCUCUCGGUCUUCGCGCAGGACGUCUCCUUGGCGUCCUCCACUCCUUGCAUAUUCGACACCCGGCUAACUAUGCUAUUACGGAAUUAUUGGAUUGGGCGGAGGAGAAGUUACAAGAUGUAGAGGUAUUUGGGAAGGAGUACUUUGAGGGGACGGGGAUAGAGAAAUAUGCGGCUGGGGCGGGGGGGCAUGCGGGGAUUGGGGAGGUUGAGGGGAGGGUUAGGGAGGUGUUGAAAGAAAUGGGGAUUGAGAUCCGCUUCUGAGGGCUACUGCAAGGAGAAUCAUACUGAUGCCGGCAGUGACGAGCAUGGCCAUGGCGGUGUCUUGGAGGGUGUUGAUGCACCGUGGGAUCCAGGCGGCCUCUCCAGCGACAUGGCUCGACGUCAGUCACGACAGGCACGGCGACCGCGAGUGACAGAAGUGCACCGAAAAGCCCCAAGAGUCGCAGAUUAUGUCCACUUACUUUAUGGGGACUAUGUGUUCGGAAGCGCCUCCUCAAAGUCCACCAUUACGCCGUACGAUAUGUGUUUGAAUCGUAUCACUACCCGGGCCUUUGUGCAAAAGACGCAUACGCGGGGCGAAAUCACAAUGGCUCAGGAAGCCUGUCACUUUCAUCUUGGCAGUUGCAAGUGGCCUUUCAAAGAUUGGAGGGCCAUACGCUUCCGAAAUGGGGCCAUAUUGCUUGAAGUCAUGACACUGCCAGAUCGGACUACCAGGAACCCCAAUGCUGCAAUUUAGCAAACCGAGA